CUUCCACGUCUCCGUGUCUGACGUCAUCACUCGUCUGGAUGCUGAUUGGUGGACAGCCGGCAGGCGAGCAGCAGCUCGGAUGACAAAUGAAACAUUCAGCAGCUUCUUUCCUUCCAGACGGCCGCAGACCAACACUCAGCAUGGAUGGCAACACCCUCAUGCUUUGUCACGAUGCUGUACUUCCUGUCCUGAUGAGUGCUUGUGUUUCAGGUGUGGAGGGUUUAGGUGACGUGGGUGUGCGGGCUUACCGGGUGGCGGUGGAGCUUGAACAUCUGCAGCGCUUCUGUCACAUGGACCGGGUCCUGCUUCAACACAUCGGCGCAGCACUUGACACGGGGGGCGGGGUGGAGCGUGCAGGUGUGCUGAGCGAGCAGGAAGUCAGUCAGAACCUAAACAGGAUGUUCCGCCACGCAUCGGAGGAACCAUCGAGUCAUGUGAUGUUGGAGGCGUCGGAGAAGAUGUGCGGUCUGAUGUUCAGGAUGUUUGACAGGAACGGGUCGGGUCAUGUUGCCUCUCUUUCUCUUCACGUUGCUGUCAUCUGUUUAGCCGCUGACACGCCGCUGCUGAAAUAUGAAGCCCUGGCAUGUGCAGCAGCAAGCGCUUUUGGAUCCAUCAGCAGGUCUUCCCUCAGGUCCUUGUUGGCCAACGUGAGCCAGGUUCCCAGGCUGGUCCAGCAGGAAGCCGUGUUUGGUGACGUGGAGGAGGCAGUGAGGUCGUGUUUCACCGGGGUGCACGGCCACGCCGUCAGCAGGGCGCACGUGCAGUCGUGGCUGCAGAGUGAUCCUCCUCUGUUGCUAUGGUUACCGAUCUUGUCUCGUCUGGCCGGGACCGGGAGGCUGGUUCACGACGUGCGCUGUCGCCUGUGCAAGAUAUUUCCCAUCAGAGGACCGAGGUAUCGCUGCACGAGGUGUGCGAGCUUCCAGGCGUGUCAGAGCUGCUUCCUGUCUGAGCGACACGAACAUCGCCACCCGCUUAUGGAGUUGACGACACAGCCCACCUGGCGUGAGUCUGUGUCCUCAUUCGUGCGAUGCGCCGCUCGCUUCCUGUCACCACGGCGGCGUAAUCGAAGAGGAGCUGCCAGGGGGAGGGGCCUGAAGGAGAGUCCCAGGUGAGUACCUUUCAUGACUUUCACAAUAAAAUACAGCAAGAACACACCUUUACCUUUACCUUUAAGUGGCAGCCGUGGCACCCCCUCACAUCAUUCCUCAGCGCAACCUCCCUCAACCUCAUCCUCAUGGUCAUCCCUGCACACCCAUCACAUGCUGAUGGAACAGGGGCAGUCGGAGGGGUCCACCUGGCUGGCGGAAGUCAGAGACGAGCGGCCGCCGGAAGAGCGGGCGCGGCGGUGGCGUCUCGCCGUCCAAUCGGAUCAGGGCGCGCUCCAACAAGGCUGCACGGAGAUGGAGGUCGCCAUGGAAACCAUCACGCAGCACAACUGCCGUCUGCAGGUCAUGCUGGCGCAGGCACUGAAGACGAGGAAGACACAGCAGGACAGCAAAGAUGACCCAGGAUGGGACAGCAAAGACGACCCACCACGGGACACCCAAGAUGUCUCACCAUGGGACAGCCAAGAUGUCCCACCACGGGACAGCAAAGACAACCCACCACGGGACAGCAAAGACGACCCACCACGGGACAGCAAAGAUAUCCCACCACGGGACAGCAAAGACGACCCGCCACGGGACAGCCAAGAUGUCCCACCACGGGACAGCAAAGACGACCCACCACGGGACAGCAAAGACGUCCCACCAUGGGACAGCAAAGAGGACCCACCAUGGGACAGCCAGGAUGUCCCACCACGGGACAGCAAAGACGACCCACCAUGGGACAGCCAAGAUGUCCCACCACAGGACAGCAAAGACGACCCACCAUGGGACAGACAAGAUGUCCCACCACGGGACAGCAAAGACGACCCACCACGGGACAGCAAAGACAACCCACCAUGGGACAGCCAAGAUGUCCCACCACGGGACAGCAAAGACGACCCACCAUGGGACAGCCAAGAUGUCCCACCACGGGACAGCAAAGAUGUCCCACCACGGGACAGCAAAGACGUCCCACCACGGGACAGCAAAGACAACCCACCACAGGACAGCCAAGAUGUCCCAGGACAGGAGAGCAGAGCAAGCGGUGCACCAUCUUGUGAAGACGAGGCCUUGGUGUUGAAGGCGGAUGAAGCGCCGAGUGAAAAGGGGGACACCCCAUCCACCAGGUCACAUGACAUCCAGUACGAGGAGGAUGGGGGUGUGGCUGACGCCGGUCCAGAGGAGCUGCUGCAGGAGACGGUGGACAGACUGACACGUGUCUUGGGUCUUCAAUCACCAGAUGUUUUCCAUUUGAUUGGAGCGGGUCGUGACAAGGGGGCGGAGCUGACCAAGGCCGCAAAGCAGGUGGGGGACUCCUUACGCCGCCUGGUGGACAGCGUGAGGCGGGCCCCGCCCCUGACGGUGACGUGUAAGUGUGACGUAUGAAUAUGAGGAGCAGCAGCGGAUAAGUAGAAAAACACACAAACAGGACACUUGGUGCAAAAAACCAUGUGUUGUCCAUUAAAACUUUCAAGUAUCUUCAGUGGAGAAACGUUCUCAUUUGAAGGAAGGCUGCAGCAACUACGAGGUAACGUGGCCUCCUCCUACCCUUUGCCGCUGAGAGGGUCGGGAUGGGUCCUCCGUCCUGACAGAGACACUGGACGGGAUAGCGUGACGUGGUGGCUUUGUGAUGACAGCAAACACAUCCUUGGCAUGUGACGUGAUGGCAGAUGGCGUGCAGCACAAGGAAGCGCGCUCAUACAAAAGAAGAAUACCAGUGAAGAGUGAGUGUAAAUGUGUGACAAAACCAAUAAACGCUCAACACAGCCUUUCCUUUCUCCUCCUUCCUCUUUUUCAAAAGUCCAAAUAUUAUGGAAAUAAUAAUAUUAGGAAAAAAACAUACAAGCAAAAAACAGCAGAAAUGGAAUCAUUUUACAAGAAAAAAAGUCAAAAUACUAAGAGAAAACAGUCACAAUUUUAUGAGAAUAAACUGGUCAUUUGAUGAGGAAAAAUAACAUCAUUUUAGUAGCAUAGAGUUAAAAUACUUUUGGAAGAGUUGCACUAUUAUGAGAAAAAACAAAAAAAAGGUGUAAAUUGGGAAAUGAAGUUGGGGAAAAAGUCAAAAUAUUAUAAGAAUAAAGUGAUAAUAUUAUGGGAAUGAAGUGAUAAUAUUAUGGGAACAAAGUGAUGAUAUUAUGAGAAUAAAGUCAUAAUAUUAUGGGAGUAAAGUGAUAAUAUUAUGGGAAUAAAGUGAUAAUAUUAUGGGAAUAAAGUGAUGAUAUGGGAAUAAAGUGAUAAUAUUAUGGGAAUAAAGUGAUGAUAUUAUGGGAAUAAAGUGAUAAUACUAUGGGAAUUAAAUGAUAAUAUUAUGGGAAUAAGGUGGUGAUAUUAUGGGAAUAAAGUGAUAAUAUGAGAAUAAAGUGAUAAUAUUAUAGGAAUAAAGUGAUAAUAUAAUGGUAAUAAA